AUGAGUUGUCAUGAAGGUGCGAUAAAUGUGACCUUUGUAAGCCAUAAAUUGAGACUCAUAUUAUUUGGACCUACUAAUGAUGCUCCAAUUAGUGGUGAAAUGUUUGCAAUCAAUACUAUUGAUGAUUAUGUUUAUGAGCAUACCGCAAAUAUGCUCUAUGGCACCACCCACAAUUUGGAGAAAAUUAUAUCAUGUAACAGGUCAAAAGCAUCAGAUGAUUGCAUGAGUCAACACAAGAAAAGAAGACUAGGGAAUACGAAGCAUGAUUAUACACACUCUCAAAAAUCAAAAAUGAAAGUGUUACAUGAUAUCAAGCAUCAAUUAAAGAAGUUUACUAGAUGGAAAGAUGCAUGGCUCUUCAAAACAAGGUUUAAGCAUCAUCGUGGAAGGAUUAAACACAAAAUAGUUGAUUUACACAAGGACAAAAAAGGCAUGCCAAAUGAUCCGGUUCCUCAAAGUAAGGUGAGCGACCUCAUUGUUGGCUUUCAAGGAAGUCAACUAACAUAUGAUCCUCCAUAG